GCUGCCGAGGAACGGAGACCCGGCGGCCGCUGUGGACGAAAACGACGCAAAGGUCAGCGGCGGACGCGCGCGGAGGGCGCCCGGGUGCCGGGUGCGCGGCGGGGGUACCCGCGAGCUCGAGGGAGGGGUCCCUGAAUAUCCAAAAGUUGAUUCCAUCAUGGCCGAGCCCAAGGUGGAGACCCAGACCAGCAUGGACUGGCAGAAACGCUACCUGGCCCUGGAAACCCAGCUUGUGCGGUUCCGCCUGCAGGCCAGCAAGAUAAGGGAGCUGCUUUCUGACAAGAUGCAGGAGCUGGAGCAGAGGCUGCAGGAGGCUGAGCAGAGAGCAGAGAACUCGGAGACCCAGGUGAGUGUGAUGGAAGAGAAGGUGAAACUCUCCAACCUGAAGAACGUGGGCUCCGCAGGCAGCCUGCACCGGAAGUACCAAGAAUUACUGAAAGCUGUGCAGGGCAAAGAUGAGCGCAUCGGCCAGCUGGAGGCACAGCUGGAGAAGCAGAAGCAGAUGAGAGCUGAGGAAGCAAAGAUUGUUCAAGAAAAAGCUGCAAAGAUCAAGGAAUGGGUGACCCUAAAGUUAGCAGAGCUUGAGAUGGAGAACCAGCACUUGAAAAGCUGUAAUCAGCGCCUGGUGGAGCAGGUGGCAGCCCUUCAAGAAGCCCUAGAAGCUCUUCAGAUGGCGCUUUCAGAGAAUCUGCUGGUGGCCCCCCAGGAAAUCCCAGAGCAGGAUUCUGUCCCUGCAGGGCCAGGAGCCCAGCUGAUGGGGCAGGACAGUGGUGCUCAGGCUCAGGAUCCUCUGAAGGCCGCUCUGCCAAGCGAGGACUCUGUCCCUGAAGUGAGAAGCGCCACGGAGGAGUUCGGUUCCAUCGUGGUCCGUCCCGGGGGACUAUCAGAGGCCAAGACCCUUCCAUCUCGUCUGGGAAGAGAGGGUUCUCCUGGCCAGCUGUGCAUGCAGACUUGCACCCCCGGACAUGCUUUGUCUUCCUGGGAUGAGGGCCUGGCCACUGCUCAGGCAGGGUCACUCCCUGGGACAAAGACCUCUGCCAGGGAAGGUGGCCCCGGCUGCAGCCUGACCCUCCCGAAGGUGCGGGAUCCCAGCGCCCCCUACGACAGUGUCCAGCUGGCCAAGCGGCACCACAGCCAGCCCCCGGUGGGCCCUGAGCGCUCCAACCACGUGGGGAGCGCGGAGAUUGGGACCCUCGCCGCCCUCCCCCACUCCGGCCUUCCCAAGGUGGCGGCCCCCGCUGAGCUCGAGGAGGAACCAGAGAAGAUGGAGAUGGAGGAGCCACCCCCAGCCGUGAGGAAGGAGGAAAGAGAGAGCCAGAAGGUCUCCACAGCUGAGCUGGAGGAAGUGGAUUCGGGAGGCAAACCCCCCACACCUCCCUUGCACCGGUUUCCAUCCUGGGAGAGCCGCAUCUAUGCCGUGGCCACGUCAGGCAUGUGUCUCUCGGACGUACCUCCCCGAAGUAGUGCCACCUGCUUCGGUUCGAGGCCUCCCUCUAUUUCGUCCCCUGGGCCUUUCUCGGGCCUUGUCUACAAGAACUGCACGGUGCCUGUCUACACAGUCCUGAAGGGGAGAGUCACGCAGAUCAGCACCGUGCCCUUUGUGGACGAGUCCUCUGGGUCCGAUGACGACUGCAGCUCUCAGGCGAGUUUCCAGAGCUCAGUCCCCUGCUCUGAGCCCAGGAAGACCAGUGGACUAGGCAGCCCCCGAGCUAUCAAGAGAGGCCUCGAAUCCUUCCCCCUGGGCCAGGUGUCUCCCAUGUCCUCUCUGAGCUCGGAGGGCGACUACGCCAUUCCCCCGGAUGCCUGCUCCUUGGACAGCGACUACUCAGAGCCUGAGCACAAACUACAGCGCACCUCAUCCUACUCCACUGAGGGGACGAACCCUGGCAGGAGUGAGCUGAGGGCGGAGUCGCUGGAGAAGUCAGGCUACCUGCUGAAAAUGGGCAGCCGGGUGAAGACGUGGAAGAGGCGCUGGUUUGUCCUGAGACAGGGACAGAUCCUGUACUACAAGUCCCCGAGUGAUAUCAUCCGGAAACCUCAAGGCCAAGUGGAACUGAACUCCCGUUGCCAGAUUGUUCGAGAGGAGGGUGCACAGACCUUCCAGCUCAUCUCUGAGAAGAAAACCUAUUACCUGACGGCCGACUCGCCCUGCCUGCUGGAGGAGUGGAUCCGAGUGCUGCAGAGGCUGCUGAAGGUCCAGGCCCUUGGGCCACCAGCCCUGCCUCAGGGGGGCACCAAGCCCACCGUGAAGGGCUGGCUGACCAAGGUAAAGCAUGGCCACUCCAAGCUGGUCUGGUGCGCUCUCGUCGGGAGAACCUUCUACUACUAUCGGAGCCACGAGGACAAGCGACCCCUGGGCCACCUGCCUGUGCAGGACGCACACGUAGAGGAAGUCGACCGAUCCUGCGACUCAGAUGAGGACUACGAGGCCGGAGGAACCGGGCGGCUGCUCUCCUCCCACUGCACCCUGGUGAUCCAACCUCCGGAGCACAGCCCCACCUACCUCCUCAUUGGCACCAAGCAUGAGAAGGACACGUGGCUGUAUCAUCUCACUGUGGCCACAGGGGGCAGCAGCGCCAAGGUGGGGACCGCCUAUGAGCAGCUCAUUGGCAAGCUGAUGGAUGCUGAGGGAGACCCAGACUCGCCCCUCUGGAGGCACCCCAUGCUGUGCUACAGCAAAGACGGGCUGUACACGUCCCUCACCACCCUGCCCUCCGAGGCCCUGCAGACUGAGGCCCUCAAGCUCUUCAAGUGUUGCCAGCUCUUCAUCAACGUGCCCGUGGAAGCCGCCUCGGUAGACUACCACGUGUCCCUGGUCCAGAGGGCCCUGCAGGUCUGCCUGGUUCACCCUGAACUGCAGAGCGAGAUCUACUGCCAACUCAUGAAGCAGACCAGCUGCCGCCCGCCUCAGAAGUACUCCCUCACGCAGUGCUGGCAGCUCCUGGCUCUGUGCGCCCCACUCUUCCUGCCCCAGCACCACUUCCUCUGGUACAUCAAACAGCAGCUCCAGCGCCACGCAGACCCCAGAAAUGAAACUGGCCAGUAUGCCACCUACUGCCAGCGGGCAGUGGAGCGGACCCUGCAGACUGGGGAGCGGGAAGCCAGGCCGUCGCGCACGGAAGUGAUGUCCAUCCUGCUGCGGAACCCCUUCCACCACUCCUUGCCCUUCAGCAUCCCCGUGCACUUCGCCAACGGGACCUACCAGGUGGUGGGCUUCGACGGCUCCUCCACAGUUGAUGAGUUCCUCCAGCGGCUGAACCAGGAGACAGGCAUGAGAAAUCCGUCCCACUCCGGCUUUGCCCUCUUCACAGACGAUCCGUCUGGCCGGGCCGUGGAACACUGCCUGCAGGGGAGAGUCAAGCUCUGCGAUGCCAUUUCCAAGUGGGAACAAGCCCUGAAGGAGCUGCACUCCAGGAAGUCUAAGGGUGGCACGCGUGACGUGAGGCUGAUGUACAAGAGCAGGCUGUACUUUCGGGGUCAAGUCAAAGGGGAGACGGAGCGCGAGCGUCUGCUGCUUGCCUUCCAGACCAGUGGCGAGAUCGUGGCCGGGAGGUUUCCUGUCAACAAGGAGCUGGCUCUGGAGAUGGCUGCCCUGAUGGCCCAGGUAGAGUUUGGGGACUUGGAGAGGCAUCUCUCGCCAAGCCCUGGGGGCACACCCCCUUCCAAGGCUCAGCACCACCUACAGCAGGUGCUAGACAGGUUCUACCCCAGGCGCUACCGAUACGGGACACCCACUGAACAGCUGAGGCACCUAGUAGAUCAGCUGACCACAAAGUGGGCAGCACUGCAAGGCUGCUCCCCUCCCGAGUGCAUCCGCAUCUACCUGACCGUGGCCCGGAAAUGGCCCUUCUUUGGUGCUAAGCUCUUUGCUGCUCAGCCUGUGCCGCUGUCUUCCAAGGAGAACCCUCUGGUGUGGAUUGCUGUGAAUGAGGAUGGUGUCAGCAUCCUGGACCACAACACGAUGCAAGUGCGUGUCACCUACCCCUACUCUUCAGUGACGACCUUUGGUGGCUGCCGGGACGACUUCAUGCUUGUGAUUAGAUCCAUUCCAGACCAGAGCUCUGGAAAAGGCCACAUUGAAAAGCUGACCUUCCGGAUGGCUGCUCCCAAGAUUGCAGAGGCUACUCUCCUCAUGGCCAGCUACAUGAGCCAUUGCUCCAUAACUGUGAACACACCCACCAAGCCACCUGCUGCCCACCAGCCAUGGGAACUGGCUGGACAACAGCUCUUUGCUUCUCUUCCACGGGCUGCCAAGGGGCCAACGUUGCUGUGAAUAUUUCUCCUGCCCCUGUCCCCGCCACCUGGUGCCUCUGGGGUUGGAGAUGCGAAUCCUGAGGCAUGACACUACUGUGAUGGGUCCAGCACCCUCCCCAGCCCGCCCUGGUUUGUUCUGUGAAGUGUGUACUUCAGUGUCCACGAAGCCUCUAUUCUCUAGGUGCCUUAUGUUUCAGGGCCCAACUUUUAAAAAGCCAGGCCCAGUAUAAAAACCACUGUUUUUUUUCCCCCACAAAAGUAUGAGCGCUGGAUUCUGCAUGCUUCUAGACAGACAGGGAGGUCUGGUUCCUGAGGGCGUCAGUGCCGUACGUCACAGCUUUCCCCACUGGCACCCCCGGGGAGGCGAAUCUGUUGUAUACUGUAUACGGUCCUUAUGUGGGGAUUUAUACUUGAAGUUUUCCCAACAUCCUCAAAUCCUGAGGACCAAAAUUUCCCGUUCACCCCAACUCUGACAAAAGCCUAGAACUCACUAAAACUAGGCUUCCUUUCGCAGAUGGGAAAGGGGGUGGCAGGGCUGGAGGGAAAGGAGCGGAGGCCUUUCCCUCCCCUGCUGCCCAUGAGUAGGUGCCCUGCAGUGCCCCUGCCCUCCGGGGCGGCAGCUCCUCUUUGUAGGACAGGAGCUCUCCCUGCUGAGAUCGAAGCUGCUCUUCCUCACACUGGACUGUAAGCCCAACUGGGUACAAGCUAAGGCAGGGGCAGGUCUAACUUGGCCUCCUCGUGUCUCCUUUUAACUACUGGACAGGGCUCAGUGAAGGCUGUGCUCACUGCUGUCGGACGAGGUGGCCAUCACUCGUUUCCCUGCUCUUCAAAAGACCAAGCAAAUGCACUCUGCUUUUUGCUGCUCUGGGAGCCACCAAAAUGAGUCAGAAACAGGAGACCCCUUGGGGCUCGAGGGCCUGGAUCUGCUCCUCGGGACUUCUGGCGAACUUCCGCUGGGAAUUAGUUUGAGGACAGAGGACAGGUGAUGUCUGUCCCAGAAACUGAAUGUUGCUUUCGCCUUUUGCCUUCCUAACGAUGCCAGUAUCCCCCUAUCGCACUGAGACCUUCUGUUAAGUGCAGAGGAGAUGCUCUGUUUCCACCCUCCCCUAACAAAGAAAGACGAAAGAGUUCACUGGUACUCUGAUUUUCCAACAUUGGAAACGGAGUUUUAUUUCAUAGCUCUAAGACAGUCUUACCGUAUGUCAAUAAAGUGCUGAAAACUGUA